AUGUUCGUGGAUAAAUCAUUGGAAAAGCACAAAGCGAAUGCGAACAUCGAGACCAUUGAAGCCGUGGAGCAAAUAAAUGGUAACGACGUUAUUGCAUUAGAUUACCAAGCUACUAGCAAUCGACCUGUAGAUGAGCAGAACCGUCACUCAUCGCAAAAGCAGAAGAUCGUGACUAGUCACGAAAAGAAGAAACGACUGGCGACAACACAUGUUAGCGCUCAAUACCAGCAGGCCGCAAUUACGCUCGCUGAUGGAGUGCUGAAUGGUGUACGAAAAGUGGUGAGAAAACACAUCGAAGUUCAGAGGGAUCCACCGCACAAGUUUGAUGGGCUGAACUCGAACGGAGAAGAAGAAACUGAUCAGAAACAAGUGGUACUAGCAGCGGAAGACGAUGAUAACACAAAUGGCGACUCUCUGUCAAAAAAUCGUCGACUUGUUGAAGUUAUCGAUGUGGAACAAAAGCGAAAAGCCGCGGGCACUGUCAACAAUAUAGCAAACGAUUUUGGUCCCAUUGCCAAAUACGCGGAAGAACCUUUGCUGUCGCUCGCUGAGGCGUGUGCUCCGUUGGACAGCAUCAUCCACGAUUUAUCCGCCUACGUUCGGCUGGCGCUCGACGAAACUCCGGCUCAACCACCCGACGGACUGACUAUCGACGAGAGUGCUGCGAUUCGCCUUUACACGAUCGAGUGGGAAGGACCGCAUCGAAGUCUCUACUCAAUGCUCAAUCACACUCUCAAGAAUGCCGAUCGCAAGGAUCUUCAUCCCUAUGGCAAGUAUCUCAAACUGUUGGUCACUGCUCUGGUCAAACUGCCAUGCGUCCCACCACAGACCGUCUGGCGAGGGGUAAGCAAAGAUCUGAGUGCAGAUUUUCCGCCGGGCACCCUGGUAAUAUGGUGGGGAUUUUCGUCGUGCACGGUUGCGCUCACUGUACUUGAAAACAACAUGUAUUUGGGCACUGCGGGCGAACGGACGCUCUUCUCCGUCGAAGCCAUCAACGGUCGAACUGUACGUGCUCAUUCGCAUUACGCUACUGAAGAUGAAAUUCUUCUUUUGCCCGGCACCUACAUGGAAGUUCAGUCGCAGUUUAGUCCGGCGCCCAAUCUGCACAUCGUCCACUUAAAACAAAUAAAACCGGUCGAGACACUUCUCGAACUUCCAUUUGAAGGUAGUCUUAGAUAUCAAGACAUAGAUGGACAUCUCAUCUAUUCAUCUUUAGGUGCUCACCUUUAUCCACCAGAGAAGAAAAACGUACCGUGGUACAAGAAACGACGGACAAUUUGUGAGCUUAGCCUGUUGGUCAUUCUUUGUCUUUCCGGCAUCAUUGUCGGUUCAGUGGUCGGCACAAGACGUUCGCCACCAUGGAGUAGAUAUCCAGCUUCUGUGACAACAGGUGAUUUCAAUGGUGAUCACAGAACUGAUUUAGCUGUUGCAAAUUAUGAUGAUAAUACAGUCAGUAUACUGCUCGGUAACGGCAACGGAAUAUUUCAAAGUCAAAUCAUAUACAACACUGGCAAAUCUCCACAAUCAGUCACAACCGGGGAUUUCAAUGGUGAUGACAGAGUUGAUUUAGCUGUUGCAAAUUAUGAUGAUAACACAGUCAGUAUACUGCUUGGUAACCCCAACGCAACAUUUCAACAUCAAAUCAUAUAUAACACUGGGAAACAACCGUAUUUUAUGACAACAGGGGAUUUCAAUGGUGAUAACAGAACUGACUUAGCUGUUGCAAAUUCUGGUGAUAACACCGUCACCAUUCUGCUUGGUAACGGUAACGGAACAUUUCAAAGUCAAAUCAUAUGUAACACUGGCAAAUCUCCACCAUCUGUCACAACGGGUGAUUUCAAUGGUGAUCACAGACCUGAUUUAGCUGUAGUGAAUAACAAUGAUAACACAGUCAGUAUACUGCUCGGUAACGCUAACGGCACUUUUCAAAGUCAAAUCAUAUAUAACACUGGGAACCAACCAUAUUUUGUGACAACGGGUGAUUUCAAUGGUGAUAACAGAACUGAUUUAGCUGUUGCAAAUUCCGGUGAUAACACAGUCGGUAUACUGCUUGGCAAUGGCGACGGAACAUUUCAAGAACAGAUUACAUACCAGACUGGAAAAUAUCCAAUUUCCGGGACAACAGCUGAUUUCAAUGGUGAUCGCACAACUGAUUUAGCUGUUUCAAAUUACGACAGUAACACCAUUAGUAUACUACUCGGUAACGCCGACGGUACUUUUCAAAGUCAAGUCCAAUAUACCACCGGGGAUUCUCCAUAUUCUGUCACAACAGGUGAUUUCAAUGCUGAUAACAGAACUGAUUUGGCUGUUACGAAUUCCGGUGACAACACCGUCAGUAUACUGCUGAGGAACCGCAACGCAAUAUUUGAAAGUCAAAUUACAUAUAACACUGGGAAAUAUCCAGUUUCUUUGACAAUUGGUGAUUUCAAUGGUGAUCACAGACCUGAUUUAGCUGUUGUAAAUUACGAUGAUAACACAGUGAGUAUGUUGAUCAGUACCCGCAACGGAAUAUUUCAAAGUCAAUCUACGUAUGGCACUGGAAAAUCCCCAGUUUCUGGGACAACGGGUCAUUUCAAUGAUGAUAACGGAACUGAUUUAGCUAUUGCUAAUUCUGGUGAUAACACCGUCACCAUACUGCUUGGUAACGGCAACGGUACUUUUCAAAGUCAGCUUACAUAUGGGACUGGGAAAUCUCCAGUUUCUAUGACAACAGCUGAUUUCAAUGGUGAUGACAGAGUUGAUUUAGCUGUGGCAAAUUCUGGUGAUAACACGGUCGGUAUACUACUCGGUAACGGCAACGGUACUUUUCAAAGUCAACUCACAUAUGGCACUGGGAAUGCUCCAUAUUCUGUCACAACGGGUGAUUUCAAUGCUGAUAACAGAACUGAUUUAGCUGUGGCAAAUUUCGAUGACGGCACCGUCGGUAUACUGCUCGCUAACGCCGACGGCACUUUUCAAAGUCAACUCACAUAUGGCACUGGGCGUUUUCCGUUUUCCGUGACAACUGGUGAUUUUAAUGGUGAUCACAGAACUGAUUUAGCUGUUGCAAAUUUUGGUGACGGUACCGUCGGGAUAUUGCUCGGGAAUGGUGACCGAAUAUUCCAAACUCAAGUCACAUAUGACACUGGGAAAUCUCCAAUUUCUGUGAAAACAGCCGAUUUCAACGGUGAUCACAGAAGUGAUUUAGCUGUUGCAAAUUCCGGUGAUAAAACCGUCAGUAUAUUGCUCAGUAACGGCUACGGAACGUUUCGAAGUCAGGUCCAAUAUACCACUGGAAAUGCUGCAUAUUCUGUGGCAACGGGUGAUUUCAAUAAUGAUAAUGAUACUGAUAUAGCUGUUGCAAAUACUGUUGAUGCCACCGUCAUUAUCUUUCUUGGUGUGUGUGACUGA